GUCCCCGCCCCCGUGGCCGGCUAGCUCCACUCCCACUUCCUGAGCCUGGCUCUGGAGCCUUGGAGGCCAGGCCAGGCCCGGCCGCUUUGGCCCCUGGGGGCACAUCGGCCUGAGUCCUGUCCCGGCCCCUGGGCUCGGGAGGCUGCUGCCACCACUGCCCAGGACGGCCAGGCCUCACAUCUAACUCCUUGGCCUCCACCCAUCUGGUCGACUGGCUGACUGGCCGCCAUGCGCCUGCUGUGGGCCACCUCCCUCUGCGGCCUGGCCUGGGGGCCACUCAUACUAGGCCUCUGUGAUCUCCUGGCAGCUUCCCAGCCACAACUGGUACCCCCAUACAACACAGAGAACCAAACCUGCCAGGACCAGGAAAAGGAGUACUAUGAGCCCAAGCAUCAGGUCUGCUGCUCCCGCUGCCCCCCAGGCACAUACGUCUCAACUGAAUGCAGCCGCAGCCAGGACACAGUUUGUGACAAAUGCAGUGAAAAUUCCUACAAUGAGCACUGGAACCAUCUCUCCAACUGCCAGCUGUGCCGCCCCUGUGACUGGAUACUGGGCUUCCAGGAGACUGCGCCUUGCACUAGCAAACAGAAAACCCAGUGCCACUGUCAGCCAGGAAUGUUCUGCAUCUUUUUGGGCCAUGAGUGUGUACACUGCGAGCCACUCUCUGACUGUCCACCAGGCACCGAAGCUGAGCUCAAAGGUCAGAGGUUAUUAAGGGCUGAAGGUGAAAUUGGGAAGGCUAAUAGCAACUGUGUGCCCUGUAAGGCAGGGCACUUCCAAAACGCGUCCUCCCCCAGCGCCCGAUGCCAGCCCCACACAAGGUGUGAGGACCAGGGCCUGGUGGAGAUAGAGCCAGGCACCGCCAAGUCUGACACCAGCUGCAGAAAGCUACCAGAGCCCCCUGAGAUGCCAGGUGAGGGACCAGGAACUAUGCUGGUGCUGGCCAUUAUGCUGCCACUGGUCUCCUUACUGCUCCUCUCCACCAUCCUCGCCUGCACCUGGAAGAGCCACCCCUCUCUCUGCAGAAAGCUGGGAUCCCUGCUGAAGAGGCAUCCAGAGAGAGAGGAAUCAAAUACUGCUAACGGAAGCUGGGAGCCUCCAAACAUCAACCCACACUUCCCUGACUUGGUAAAGCCACUUCUGCCCAUCCCUGGAGACGUGACCCCUGCCUCGGCCUGGCCUCCAGCGACCUCAGGAUUGGAGGAAGAGGUGCUACAACAGCAGAGUCCUCUGAGCCAUGCCAGGGAGCUGGAGGCUGAGCUCCCAGAGCAAGGCCAGGUGGCCCAUGGUACCAAUGGCAUUCAUGUCACUGGCGGGUCUGUGACUGUCACUGGCAACAUCUAUAUCUACAAUGGGCCAGUACUGGGGGGAACACGGGGCCCUGGAGACCCCCCUACUCCCCCAGAGCCUCCAUACCCCAUCCCUGAAGAGGGUGCUCCUGGUCCUCCCGGGCUCUCUACACCCUACCAGGAAGAUGGCAAAGCUUGGCAUCUGGCUGAGACAGAGACACUGAGGUGCCAUGCCCUCUAACAGCGCCAAGGACCUAAUUUGUCACCCAUGCUUGAUGGUGCCUGGGAAAAGCCAGGAGAAGGGAAGCACAAGAGCGCCUUCCCCCCGAGGCUGCCCUACCCUCACAGGAUUGACAGAGGGCCUGAGGAGGGCCCCUGAGAGGCAAACUCUUAAGAGGCCAGGCCUCAGAUACGACUCCGAGAGCAGGGCCGGGCACUGGCUGGGUACAGUGCCCACCGCGGGACUCUCACCACCGCCUGAGCAGGCCUGAGACUUCGUUGCAGAACCCCUGCCCACUGGGGCUGUACUAACUCAGCAUCAGUCACAGACAGAGCACGUGAUGCCUGCUGCUGUCCACCAUGGCACUCUGCACCCAAAGCAUGGCGCAGAAGGAGCCAGCCACAUGCAUGGACAUCACUGAGACCUCUAGCGGAUUUGUGGCACCCAUCCUCAAGCUUCAGAGGCCUUUCGAGGACCCACACUUCACACGGACUGAGGUAGACCCUAUACGAAGAUGGAGUUACAUGGAGGACCACCCUUCCCCUCCCCUCCUACAGAGGAAAGGGAGUCAUUAAAAACUGGGGGUUUGGGUAGGGUUACUACGAAUAAGAGAUAGUUUCAGGUGGGUGGGGGAGGAAAAUAGCAAGUAUAUUUAUAAAUUGUAACCACAUGCAAAUAAAUUGGAAAUUUAGACAUAGAUAAUUUAUUUUCUUGGGAUCGAUAUAGAAACAUUGUGCCACUGGAGCAAUAUCAAAGGCAAAGAUCAAAACAUUAAAAUAUAAUCCCACAAAGGUA